AUGUUUCCUCGGUCUGCUUUUGUCAUCUCCAAACACUGUGCCAUCAUCUGCCCAAAACCCGGCCUAGAGCUCACGGACACUGUCAUCUCUCGUGACGAAUGCUGUAUCACUGCCUCUGUCAAGGACGCUCACCAAGUCAUCUGCCAAGUGGCUAAUGUGUACAUGCCAGCACAGGCAGCCAACAGUGUCUUAGGGUUGCUUGACCAUACACCCAAGAACAGGUCUCCUGGUUUAGAUGGCCUUCCGUUCGAGAUCUAUCGAUAUUUGUGUGACAAAUUCCCUCCUGUUCUGCUUCUUCUACAACAAGUAUUGACUGACGCACUGCGUGGAAUCUUCCCAGACUCCUGGAAACAGGCGAGGAUGGUGCUUCUUUUCAAGAAGGGAGAUCCCGAGCUGCUCAAGAACUGGCGCCCUCUGUCAUUGAUCAAUAGCGAUGCCAAGUUGUUCACCAAAUUGCUCGCCAACAGAUUUAAGCGUGUUCUCUCUCAGCUGAUCACCCCGUAUCAAACUGGCUUUAUGCCUCACCGUUUGAUCUCGGACAACGCCUGGCUCAACCAGACGUUGAUGAACAACCUCCGUGCCGCUGCUCCCAAUGAUCCCAAUGUUGCUGUGCUUUUGGAUCAGGAGAAAGCUUAUGAUCGUGUAAACCCUACGUAUCUGACGAUGGUGCUUCAUCAGUUUGGUUUUCCUGCAUCCUUGGUGGACAGUAUCUCGGGCCUGUUCUUUGACACUCGCAUCUCUUUAUCCAUUAAUGGAUGGCUGGGUGCUCCUAUUGAACAACGACGUGGUCUACGGCAGGGCGAUCCGCUCUCGCCCCUACUGUUCAAUCUCGCAUUUGAGCCUUUCCUCAGAACCAUCUUGGCUUGUGCAGACUUACGUGGUGUGGCUAUGUCUACGGACAAACGCUCGACUUUGGCACGUCAAAUUUCGGUUGCUUCCGCUCCAAUUGAGCCACAGACUGAUCAUGUCCUUCUGAGAGCUCCAACGAGCCCUCCACGAGUCAAAAUGCUUAGUUAUGCUGAUGAUUUGGAAGUCUUUCUGACGUCUCCGGCUGAAUGGCCUGUGCUUUUGUCGCUCUUGUCACUCUAUGGCAAAGCGUCCAAUGCCAAGGUCAAUUUGGAGAAAACCGUGCUGGUGUCGCUGACUGGCAAGCCUCAUGACGAUUGGAAACACUUGGCGGACCCAUCUAACGUUGUAUGGCACGAUGAAUCUUCAACUGGCUCUGUGAGAUAUCUCGGCUACCCUCUGUACCAUACCGAUGUACAGUUGGCUCAUUUCCUGGAUACUAUCACAGUGAAGGUGCAGCGUCAAUACAAUUCGCUCACGAAGCGACAGCUCUCCAUACGUGACAAAGGUUUGGUGGCAAACUCCCUUCUUCUGUCUCGUCUGUGGCAUAUUCUUCGUGUGGUUGUGGUACCCAGUAAGUGGCUGGAGGAGAUCCAGCGCAUUGUGCGUCAAUAUAUUGUCUCAUUUUGGCCGGUUGUGGCAUGGGAUUCUCUCUGCCUUCCGCGCAAACAUGGUGGUCUCGGCCUGGUCGACAUUAAGAAUCAGCAUCUCGCUUUGCACCUCAUUUAUGUCAAACGGCUGCUUCUACCUCGCUCCCCGACCGAUUUUCAAUGA